AUGCUGAUUACUCUAGAAUGCAUUCUACUUGCGUUACAGGCGGUUUCUGCAGUUCGAGUUGCAUUAGAUUCACCUUCCGAAAUUGACAGUCCAUCAAGCAAUAGGCUAUCAAAGCGAUCACCUGUUGAAUUGGAUGGUGAUAUUAACAAAUGUUACAGAAUGAAAUUUAAUCUUUAUGGAGUCAGUUUGAAUUUACAAGUCGAUUCAGCGAUUUCUGAUACGAUCGUACCACUUCCUGGUUCAAAAAACAAUAUAGGUUUGGAUAUACUAAGUAUUACAAGUGGGAGACACGUUACUAUAAAUUACAAAGGCAAAGAGUAUAGAGGAAUUGAUUUCACAGCCACUGUGACGAUUCCGGGUACUAGUAUAACUGGCAUUGGGUUACCAGUAGUAGCAGUUAAAAAACAAUCGCCAGAUUCAGUUGGUAUCAGUCCAAAUUUUGAUGGAGUAUUUGGGAUUGGUUAUCCCUCGUUGUCAAAGCGUCGUCCACAAACCACUGUGUUGGAUGUUUUGUACAAUGAUGGUGUCAUUUCUAAUAACGAGAUUGGUCUUCAACUAUGUCCGUAUGGCAUGCGUUCAAAAAGCUUCAUCAAUAUAGGAAACACGGACGUAACUCCAAAAUGCGGGACAGAUGGAAAAAGUGUUGCAUGGGUACAAUCACCAUCAGACGAUCGUCAUACUGUCAACAUCAAGAGUAUACUAAUCGAUGGCAAACAAGUGAAUCUACCCGAGGAAUUCCAAAAAAGGGUAAAAGAUGGACGUAUUUUGUAUUCAUAUAUACAUACAUGCUUUGUAUAUAUGUAUUUUCCUGAAGUAGUCGUGGCAGCGUUGGUUGAUGCUAUUGUUGGUAGUAAUGCGAUCACUGUCAAAAAAACUAAAUCCGAACACAAGCACAAGCUCAGCGAAACAGAAAUUGAAAAAGUAUUUUGGGAAAACCGUCUAAUCCUCAAAUCCAAACUUAAUAUUGAUUGGAGCAAGCUGCCGUCGCUUUCAAUUACAAUGUUUGCUCAAAACCCCGUAACUGAUGAAAAUAGCAACUCCGUUGUAACAAUCAAACUGGGUCCCAAAGACUAUAUACAGAGAGUCAAUUCCAAAGAAUUUAGAUUUACUGUAACAGCUGGUUCAAAUGAAAAUGCAGCUCUUGGUAUAUCAUUUAUGACUCGACUUGCAGUCACAUUUGAUUUACAAAAUGCACGCAUUGGAUUUGGUCCUGGAUGUGGAUGCGAAACUGCGACUGAUGGAUAUCCUAUUAUUUCAAACAGUUAUCAAGUACUCUGGCCAUUAACACAACUGCCUGAACAACCAAGCGGUUCAAGUUCAGGUGACACAUCUACUCUCAGGAGAUCAUUUUCGCGAUUUGGUAGUACUCUCCGUGAUAGUAUUCGUCGUAGUAGUAGGCGGCUAAAGUUUAAUUACAAGAAACUUGAUGGCUAA